AUGCCCCCUGCGGGACCCGCGGGGCGCCAAGCCGCCCCUGGACCCGGUACGCCCUGUGCUGCCCGUGCCUGUGCUGCCCGUGCCUGUGCUGCCCGUGCCUGUUGCUACCCGUGCCUGUGCUGCCCGUGCCUGUUGCUGCCCGUGCCUGUGCUGCCCGUGCCUGUGCUGCCCGUGCCUGUUGCUGCCCGUGCCCGUGCUGCCCGUGCCUGUGCUGCCCGUGCCUGUGCUGCCCGUGCCUGUUGCUGCCCGUGCCUGUGCUGCCCGUGCCUGUUGCUGCCCGUGCUUGUGCUGCCCGUGCCUGUGCUGCCCGUGCCUGUGCUGCCCGUGCCUGUGCUGCCCGUGCCUGUUGCUGCCCGUGCCUGUGCUGCCCGUGCCUGUGCUGCCCGUGCCUGUGCUGCCCGUGCCUGUUGCUGCCCGUGCCUGUGCUGCCCGUGCCUGUUGCUGCCCGUGCCUGUGCUGCCCGUGCCUGUGCUGCCCGUGCCUGUGCUGCCCGUGCCUGUGCUGCCCGUGCCUGUGCUGCCCGUGCCUGUGCUGCCCGUGCCUGUGCUGCCCGUGCUUGUGCUGCCUGUGCCUGUUACUGCCCGUGCCUGUGCUGCCCGUGCCUGUGCUGCCCGUGCCUAUGCUGCCCGUGCCUGUGCUGCCCGUGCCUGUGCUGCCCGUGCCUGUGCUGCCCGUGCCUGUGCUGCCCGUGCCUGUUGCUGCCCGUGCCUGUGCUGCCCGUGCCUGUGCUGCCCGUGCCUGUGCUGCCCGCGCCUGUGCUGCCUGUGCCUGUUGCUACCCGUGCCUGUGCUGCCCGUGCCUGUGCUGCCCGUGCCUGUGCUGCCCGUGCUUGUUGCUGCCCGUGCCUGUGCUGCCCGUGCCUGUGCUGCCCGUGCCUGUGCUGCCCGUGCCUGUUGCUGCCCGUGCCUGUGCUGCCCGUGCCUGUUGCUGCCCGUGCCUGUGCUGCCCGUGCCUGUGCUGCCCGUGGCUGUGCUGGCCGUGCCUGUGCUGCCCGUGCCUGUUGCUGCCCGUGCCUGUGCUGCCCGUGCCUGUGCUGCCCGUGCCUGUGCUGCCCGUGCCUGUUGCUGCCCGUGCCUGUGCUGCCCGUGCCUGUUGCUGCCCGUGCCUGUGCUGCCCGUGCCUGUGCUGCCCGUGCCUGUGCUGCCCGUGCCUGUGCUGCCCGUGCCUGUGCUGCCCGUGCCUGUGCUGCCCGUGCCUGUGCUGCCCGUGCCUGUGCUGCCCGUGCCUGUGCUGCCCGUGCCUGUGCUGCCUGUGCCUGUUACUGCCCGUGCCUGUGCUGCCCGUGCCUGUGCUGCCCGUGCCUGUUGCUGCCCGUGCCUGUGCUGCCCGUGCCUGUGCUGCACGUGCCUGUGCUGCCCGUGCCUGUGCUGCCCGUGCCUGUGCUGCCCGUGCCUGUGCUGCCCGUGCUUGUUGCUGCCCGUGCCUGUGCUGCCCGUGCCUGUGCUGCCCGUGCCUGUGCUGCCCGUGCCUGUGCUGCCCGUGCCUGUGCUGCCGUGCCUGUGCUGCCCGUGCCUGUGCUGCCCGUGCCUGUGCUGCCUGUGCCUGUUACUGCCCGUGCCUGUGCUGCCCGUGCCUGUGCUGCCCGUGCCUAGUGCUGCCCGUGCCUGUGCUGCCCGUGCCUGUGCUGCCCGUGCCUGUGCUGCCCGUGCCUGUGCUGCCCGUGCCUGUUGCUGCCCGUGCCUGUGCUGCCCGUGCCUGUGCUGCCCGUGCCUGUGCUGCCCGUGCCUGUGCUGCCCGUGCCUGUGCUGCCCGUGCCUGUGCUGCCCGUGCCUGUUGCUGCCCGUGCCUGUGCUGCCCGUGCCUGUGCUGCCCGUGCCUGUGCUGCCCGUGCCUGUGCUGCCCGUGCCUGUUGCUGCCCGUGCCUGUUGCUGCCCGUGCCUGUGCUGCCCGUGCCUGUGCUGCCCGUGCUGUGCUGGCCGUGCCUGUGCUGCCCGUGCCUGUUGCUGCCCGUGCCUGUGCUGCCCGUGCCUGUGCUGCCCGUGCCUGUGCUGCCCGUGCCUGUUGCUGCCCGUGCCUGUGCUGCCCGUGCCUGUUGCUGCCCGUGCCUGUGCUGCCCGUGCCUGUGCUGCCCGUGCCUGUGCUGCCCGUGCCUGUGCUGCCCGUGCCUGUGCUGCCCGUGCCUGUGUGCCCGUGCCUGUGCUGCCCGUGCCUGUGCUGCCUGUGCCUGUUGCUGCCCGUGCCUGUGCUGCCCGUGCCUGUGCUGCCCGUGCCUGUGCUGCCCGUGCCUGUGCUGCCCGUGCCUGUGCUGCCCGUGCCUGUGCUGCCCGUGCCUGUGCUGCCGCGUGCCUGUGCUGCCCGUGCCUGUGCUGCCCGUGCCUGUUGCUGCCCGUGCCUGUGCUGCCCGUGCCUGUUGCUGCCCGUGCCUGUGCUGCCCGUGCCUGUGCUGCCCGUGCCUGUGCUGCCCGUGACUGUGCUGCCAGUGCCUGUGCCUGCCCCGUGGCCUGUGCUGCCCGUAUGCCUGUGCUGGCCCUGGUGCUGCACGUGCCCUGUGCUGGCCCGUGCCUUGUGCUGCACGGGCCUGUGCUGCCCGUGCCUGUGCUGCCCGUAGCCUGUGCUGCCCGUGCCUGUGCUGCCGUGCCUUGUUGCUGCCACGUGCCUGUGCUGCCCGUGACGUGUGCUGCCCCGUGCCUGUGCUGCACGUGGCCUGUGCUGUCCCGUAGGCCUGCCUGUGCUGCCCGUGCCUGUGCUGCCCGUGCCUGUUGCUGCCCGUGCCUGUGCUGCCCGUGCCUGUGCUGCCCGUGCCUGUGCUGCCCGCGCCUGUGCUGCCUGUGCCUGUUGCUGCCCGUGCCUGUGCUGCCCGUGCCUGUGCUGCCCGUGCCUGUGCUGCCCGUGCCUGUGCUGCCCGUGCCUGUGCUGCCCGUGCCUGUGCUGCCCGUGCCUGUGCUGCCCGUGCCUGUGCUGCCCGUGCCUGUGCUGCCCGUGCCUGUGCUGCCCGUGCCUGUGCUGCCGUGCCUGUGCUGCCCGUGGCCUGUGCUGCCCGUGCCUGUGCUGCCCGUGCCUGUUGCUGCCCGUGCCUGUGCUGCCCGUGCCUGUGCUGCCCGGUGCCUGUGCUGCCCGUGCCUGUUGCUGCACGUGCCUGUGCUGCCCGUGCCUGUGCUGCCCGUGCCUGUGCUGGCCCGUGCCUGUGCUGCCCGUGCCUGUGCUGCCCGUGCCUGUGCUGCCCGUGCCUGUGCUGCCCGUGCCUGUGCUGCCCGUAGCUGUGCUGCCCGUGCCUGUGCUGCCCGUGCCUGUUGCUGCCCGUGCCUGUGCUGCCCGUGGCCUGUGCUGCCCGUGCCUGUGCUGCCGUGCCUGUGCUGCCCGUGCCUGUGCUUGCCCGUGCCUGUGCUUGCCCGUUGCCUGUGCUGCCGUGCCUGUGCUGCCCGUGCCUGUUGCUGCCCGUGCCUGUUGCUGCCCGUGCCUGUUGCUGCCCGUGCCUGUGCUGGCCCGUGCCCUGUGCUGCCCGUGCCUGUGCUGCCCGUGCCUGUUGAUGCCCGUGCCUGUGCUGCCCGUGCCUGUGCCUGCCCGUGCCUGUGCUGCCCGUGCCUGUUGCUCCCCUUCCCGUUCCUGCCCGUGCCUGUGCUGCCCGUGCCUGUUGCUGUCCCGUGCCUGGCUGCCCCGUGCCUGUGCUGCCCGUGCCUGUGCUGCCGUGCCUGUGCUGCCCGUGCCUUGCUGCCCGUGCCUGUGCUGCCCGUGCCUGUGCUGCCCGUGCCUGUGCUGCCCGUGCCUGUGCUGCCCGUGCCCUGUUGCUGCCCGUGCCUGUGCUGCCCCGUGCCUGUGGUGCCCGUGCCUGUUGCUGCCGCGGCCUGUGCUGCUCCUGUGCCUGUUGCUGCCGUGCCUGUGCUGCCCGUGCCUGUGCUGCCCGUGCCUGUGCUGCCCGUGCUGUUGCUGCCCGUGCCUGUGCUGCCCGUGCCUGUGCUGCCCGUGCCUGUGCUGCCCGUGCCUGUUGCUGCCCGUGCCUGUGCUGCCCGUGCCUGUUGCUGCCCGUGCCUGUGCUGCCCGUGCCUGUGCUGCCCGUGGCUGUGCUGGCCGUGCCUGUGCUGCCCGUGCCUGUUGCUGCCCGUGCCUGUGCUGCCCGUGCCUGUGCUGCCCGUGCCUGUGCUGCCCGUGCCUGUUGCUGCCCGUGCCUGUGCUGCCCGUGCCUGUGCUGCCCGUGCCUGUUGCUGCCCGUGCCUGUGCUGCCCGUGCCUGUGCUGCCCGUGCCUGUGCUGCCCGUGCCUGUGCCUGUGCCUGUGCUGCCCGUGCCUGUGCUGCCCGUGCCUGUUGCUGCCCGUGCCUGUGCUGCCCGUGCCUGUUGCUGCCCGUGCCUGUGCUGCCCGUGCCUGUGCUGCCCGUGCCUGUGCUGCCCGUGCCUGUGCUGCCCGUGCCUGUGCUGCCCGUGCCUGUGCUGCCCGUGCCUGUGCUGCCCGUGCCUGUGCUGCCUGUGCCUGUUGCUGCCUGCCCGUGCCUGUGCUGCCCGUGCCUGUGCUGCCCGUGCCUGUUGCUGCCCGUGCCUGUGCUGCCCGUGCCUGUGCUGCCCUUGCCUGUGCUGCCCGUGCCUGUGCUGCCCGUGCCUGUUGCUUCCCGUGCCUGUGCUGCCCGUGCCUGUGCUGCCCGUGCCUGUGCUGCCCGUGCCUGUGCUGCCUGUGCCUGUUGCUGCCCGUGCCUGUGCUGCCCGUGGCUGUGCUGGCCGUGCCUGUGCUGUCCGUGCCUGUUGCUGCCCGUGCCUGUGCUGCCCGUGCCUGUGCUGCCCGUGCCUGUGCUGCCCGUGCCUGUUGCUGCCCGUGCCUGUGCUGCUCGUGCCUGUUGCUGCCCGUGCCUGUGCUGCCCGUGCCUGUUGCUGCCCGUGCCUGUGCUGCCCGUGCCUGUGCUGCCCGUGCCUGUGCUGCCCGUGCCUGUGCUGCCCGUGCCUGUGCUGCCCGUGCCUGUGCUGCUGCACGUGACCUGUGCUGCCCGUGCCUGUGCUGCCCGUGCCUGUGCUGCCCGUGCCUGUUGCUGCCCGUGCCUGUGCUGCCCGUGCCUGUUGCUGUCCGUGCCUGUGCUGCCCGUGCCUGUGCUGCCCGUGCCUGUGCUGCCGUGCCUGUGCUGCCCGUGCCUGUGCUGCCCGUGCCUGUGCUGCCUGUGCCUGUUACUGCCCGUGCCUGUGCUGCCCGUGCCUGUGCUGCCCGUGCCUAUGCUGCCCGUGCCUGUGCUGCCCGUGCCUGUGCUGCCCGUGCCUGUGCUGCCCGUGCCUGUGCUGCCCGUGCCUGUUGCUGCCCGUGCCUGUGCUGCCCGUGCCUGUGCUGCCCGUGCCUGUGCUGCCCGCGCCUGUGCUGCCUGUGCCUGUUGCUGCCCGUGCCUGUGCUGCCCGUGCCUGUGCUGCCCGUGCCUGUGCUGCCCGUGCCUGUUGCUGCCCGUGCCUGUGCUGCCCGUGCCUGUGCUGCCCGUGCCUGUGCUGCCCGUGCCUGUUGCUGCCCGUGCCUGUGCUGCCCGUGCCUGUUGCUGCCCGUGCCUGUGCUGCCCGUGCCUGUGCUGCCCGUGGCUGUGCUGGCCGUGCCUGUGCUGCCCGUGCCUGUUGCUGCCCGUGCCUGUGCUGCCCGUGCCUGUGCUGCCCGUGCCUGUGCUGCCCGUGCCUGUUGCUGCCCGUGCCUGUGCUGCCCGUGCCUGUUGCUGCCCGUGCCUGUGCUGCCCGUGCCUGUGCUGCCCGUGCCUGUGCUGCCCGUGCCUGUGCCUGUGCCUGUGCUGCCCGUGCCUGUGCUGCCCGUGCCUGUUGCUGCCCGUGCCUGUGCUGCCCGUGCCUGUUGCUGCCCGUGCCUGUGCUGCCCGUGCCUGUGCUGCCCGUGCCUGUGCUGCCCGUGCCUGUGCUGCCCGUGCCUGUGCUGCCCGUGCCUGUGCUGCCCGUGCCUGUGCUGCCCGUGCCUGUGCUGCCUGUGCCUGUUACUGCCCGUGCCUGUGCUGCCCGUGCCUGUGCUGCCCGUGCCUGUUGCUGCCCGUGCCUGUGCUGCCCGUGCCUGUGCUGCACGUGCCUGUGCUGCCCGUGCCUGUGCUGCCCGUGCCUGUUGCUUCCCCUGUCGCUGA